UCUAGAUGUUGCACGCUCAACUCCACGUUCAUUUCUCUGAUCUUACUGCUGUCGGACGGGAGAGAGACUCUGGAAAAUGAUCAUUGCUUUGAGUCGCUCGGGUAACUGGCCGCCUAUCUUUUUCAAGUGAGAAAUGGAUUAGUUGCCCGUUACGAGAUAAACACCUAUUAGGUUCAGCACGGUGUCUCCAACCUUACAGCACCUCUGUCUGCCUGCUGUACCUUUGAAGUAGGUGCAAAUGCCAAACACUUAAAACGACAUAGACAAAUCUACUGCUCUUAUAAGAAGGUGAGAAAACCAAGUUGCCAUGGGAAACCAGUUGACAGAGAUUGCCCCCAACACACCGUUCCUGCCUAACUUCCAGUCUGUGCAUGUUGUGGUCAUCGGUCUGGACUCUGCUGGCAAAACCUCACUUCUCUAUAGACUGAAGCUUAAGGAAUUUGUGGAAACCAUCCCAACCAAGGGAUUUAACACGGAGAAGAUAAAGGUUCCGGUUGGAAACGGCCGUGCCAUGACCUUCCAGGUGUGGGACGUGGGUGGUCAGGAGAAACUCCGGCCACUGUGGAAGUCCUACACGCGGCGCACAGAUGGCAUGGUCUUUGUGGUAGACUCCACAGAGGUAGAGCGCAUGGAGGAGGCUAAGGUGGAAUUGCACAAGAUCACACGCACAUCAGAGAACCAAGGAGUGCCGGUGCUGGUGUUGGCUAACAAACAGGACCUUCCAGUCGCGCUGGCAGUUUCUGAUGUGGAGAAGGUUUUGGCUGUACACGAACUGAGUGCCUCCACCCUACACCAUGUGCAAGGAUGCAGUGCUGUCGAUGGGCAGGGGUUACAUCUUGGUUUGGAAAAACUGUAUGAGAUGAUCCUCAAAAGAAAGAAAAUUGUGAGGCACAGCAAGAAAAAAAGAUGAGCAGUACGGGACAGUAUUAAGACAUGGUUAUUGUGAAGCUCCUCAGUGGACCCUGUAUUAUCGUAGGAUUUUGCAGUGAAUCCCUGAAUGAAGGCAAUGCUCCAGGUUGCCCAGUGGUCAGGAGAAAAGAGAUUUGACCUUUAUGUGUCACACAGUAUUGAACUGCUUCCCUCCAUGCCUAGUAUUUGCUGUGCAGCUCCCCUUUGUAAUCAAGGAAUAUGUGAUAGCAUUUAUAGGCUGUAGUAUCAACAGAAUUGUCCUUGCCUUUUUUCUUUGUGUCUUCAAGCAAGAAAGAAACUGAAUCAUAUAGCUUGGCAACUUAUUGAUUUUCUUUCAGAGGAACCUCACAAAGUCACCAUUUUCUUACAUAUGCUAGGUUGAUUGCCAGUGCCGAUAUAAUAAAGGGCCACUUAAAUGUUCACGCUAUGGUAGCUGUGGAACUGAAGUCUUACGCCAAUCACUAAGAUUCACUAUUCACACUUAUGUGAUCUAAGUUUUAGUUGGAACUCUUGUUUGUUUUUACAUGCUGUAAAUCUUUUUGGUAAUGCUGCAGAAUUAAUAAAUUAUAGAUGGCUUUGGUAUGUUUUAUUCCUGAGGCAGAAGUCUUUGCUUGCAUGUACUAGAGGUUACCUGAUCCUGCUCCUUACGUGCUGUUAGCUAUAAGACCAAUAAAAGCCUUAGGUAAUCAGUUUUAUUAAAAGAAUCUGAGCUAUUCCCUGUGAUGACAUCGAAACAAGCCCCUAUUAGACUAUUUAUAGAACAGGCACUUAUGAUGAUGUCAUGGUGUUCAGGGAGAGCAUCCCACAGGAAAUGCAUUGAUGCUGAAAAAACAUUGUUUGAUGUAACCUUGGUGUUGUAAUUCAUUCUGAAACUGAGCUCAGAAAUGGGUGCAAGCACAACAAGCAACAUUAUUAUAUCACAUUUGCUGACACAAUAUACAAGAUACCAAUUUAUUAAACAGCCAAGUCAUUAACUAAAGAGAUCAUAUAGAUACACAGAUAUACAAAAUGGAGAGUGGCUGAUGGUUUUUUUUCACUGAGCAAAUUGUACUGCAGUGACAUCUUUAAUGUCUUUAGUUUAAAUCUAGUCUUCAGAUGGGGUCUGCAAACUUUUUUGAAGAGAGCAAAUGGCUCAAGAUGUUUCAACCCCCACCAGUGCAC